GCCUGUUUGACUAACGUUAGCUGUGGCUAGUUAACUUAUACAAACAUUUUGUUCGUUGGCUAGGCGUAGAUAGCGCUAGUUACGUUAGCUAUUCAGAGGGAUCCUGUGUAGCUCUGCAGUGGCGUUACUACGCAACGCGACGCCGUGUAGUAAGAUAACAUUAACCGGAGUUAUUUUUAGUGCAGCUGCAUAGCUGACGACAUUCGCCAGUUCGGGGCCAUAAUCCCAUAAUUUGUGGGGCUACGAGUUAGAGAAUAACGUCAUAGGAAUAACAUCAUCCGCCAUAGAGAAAGAAUACCCAUAAAGGCGGUAGCCAUGCAUAUGUGAGCUGCACCUUGACUGCCAGCCGCCCCAAGGCCCGGCUCAACCACACUUGGUUUGGUGGUCUAGCCCAGUCCGGUUGGUACCCAUGGAGCCCAGCAAUGACGUGGCGCUGGACAUCAUUAUCACCAACGUGGUGGCUGUGUUCAGGACACGCUGCCAUCUUAACCUUCGGACCAUUGCUCUGGAGGGGGUCAACGUCAUCUAUAAACCUGAAUAUGGGAAAGUCCUGAUGAAGCUCCGUAAGCCCAGGAUCACUGCCUCCAUCUGGUCUUCAGGGAAAAUAAUCUGUACUGGAGCUACCAGUGAGGAGGAGGCGAAGCAGGGAGCUCGGAGAUUAGCUCGCACCCUACAGAAGCUGGGCUUCAAGGUGAGGUUUGCGGACUUCAAGGUGGUGAAUGUUCUGGCAGUGUGCUCCAUGCCCUUUGCCAUCCGACUCAUCGACUUCACCAAGAAAAACCGCCCCAUCGCCAGCUAUGAGCCAGAGCUCCAUCCUGCUGCCACCUACAGGAUCAAAACCCUCAAGGCCACCAUCCAGAUCUUCUCUACCGGCAGCCUCACUGUCACAGGACCCAACGUGCAGACGGUUGCCACGGCCGUAGAGCACAUCUACCCUCUGCUGUUCGAGUGUCAGAAGCCGCUCCGCAAAUGAGACGUGAACAGAAGAGACGCAUCAAGAAGCACCUUAUACAUUGGAUGUGUUGUAUUAUCCCCAACAUUUAUCUGCCCGGUAACAGAGUCAGCCUGUGUCGUGAUUGGCUGGAAUAUAACCUGUUUUUUUAUUGUUUUGGUUUUACCGGGGGUCACCAGGAAGUCAGUCGGGCAUCUUCCGUCCUCCUGUCGUCCAGGGACAUAAUGUUGUGGUGACAGCUAUGCCCUUUGAACUUUGGUAUACCCGGAAAGACCUCUACACCAUGAACCUUCCGCCGUCAGCCCAAGGCUAGCCGGCCAAUCACAGCUGCUCCUGUGACUGAUGACACUAGGGGAGGCGGGAUUCUCCAAGCAGACCGGGAUUCCUUGAUUUUUAAUGUUAUUAUUUUAGUUGUGAUGCAACAAGUGGCGUCCCAAAAGGCACCCUAUCCCAGUAUAAAGCACGAGUGGUUCCUGGUAGAGGGAGGUGCCCUAAGUAGGGAGGGAGGUGCCCUUUGGGAUGCAUUUUUAGUGUUUUAAUGCAUGAUCAGACAGACUGUGAUGUCACCAUGUCGCGGACCACACAGUGGGGGUUUAAACGGCUUAAGGAAGCUCUGUGGACAUUUACUGUCCUUUGACCAGUAGUUGUGGAGGUGUUCACAAGCCAAAACGGGUCCCUGCUUUUCCUUUUUCUACGUCAUUGAAUUUUACGACAAACAGAUUUCUUAGCAUCUCUCAUUUGCCCUGUAGUUGUAAAUAUGGUGCCCAUAAUUAGAGGGCUCUUUUCAGAAAUCUGUCCAUAGAUCAGCGUGUUUCUGUCUGCAACAGGACUUUGUGUCAGCUGUCCUGAACAGCUGCUGAGGAGAGGCUCACAUUACUACUCGUUACUGCAUUGAACGCAUUAGUUUUAUUUAAAAUGGUGCAACUAAGACUUCCUCAUAACAUUUGUUGUUUGUAUUUUACGACGUGCCCAUUUUAUAUUUUGAUAUUAUGUAUCCAGGUUGGUAAAAUAUCACUGAUGUUUGGUGUACGUAAGUUCAUUGUCUUGUAAGAAAUGGAUCGGUAUCAAACAUUAAAUAUUGAGUAUUAUACAUUAUGUCCAUGGGGUUUCCUCCCCUCUCCAGUCUCUUUUAACAGAACAUACAUUACUAGAAGAAUCUUAUGUUCCAUUGGACCAUGUUGUCAUGGAGAUUCCUUGCCCCUUUUAGUCUCUGAAUUCAAAUGCCAGAAAGUCCAAGUUCUUCUCACAUCCUGCUUGGAUGACGAAGCUGUCGAGUUUCAUUCUGUUUGUUAUUGUUUGUCAAAAAGUUUUGCUAAAAAAGGACGGAUGGGUGAAACCGGAGAAUCUAGUUAGGAUGAUGUUGGCAUUCAUGUCUUUGCCCAUCAGCCAAGAAAACUUAACGUGAUGAUACGCAGGCUUCAGAGCUUUACAUUUAAUGUUGUAAAAUGAUGCAUCAUCAAUACUAAUUAAUAUACCCUGUUCUGUAAUACUGAUCCCUGUCUUCAAGUCACCCUAAACCACAGAUCUGGGAUCAGACGACAGUCAACUAGUUCUUCUGUCAUUUGAGACCCAGCCUAUGGCUUUGUCCUUUCUUGCGCAACAUUUGUUAGCAAAAAAUGGCAGAAUUAAAACUAGUUUUAUUUGCAAAGUGUUUUCCAUUUCUACUUAAUGGAUUUGGUAAAAAAAAUAAAAAAGAAUACUAUUUGCUGUGCUCUUUGUUUAAAUGAAAACACCCUCAUUGUCAGUAACACAGCAGGUUCUAGUUUUCUGAUCUAUGAAAAGUAACACAUGUUGGCAUGGGAACUAAGUGUCAUGCAGCUGUCCUGUUUGUGUUGUAUGUUUGAACUUUUGUAUUUUGUAAAAUAAAAAUGUAAUGAGAGCUUGA